UUAAUUAGAAUUUUAUUUUUUUUUUUAAGAUUAAAUUUUAUAGUAUUAGAUUAUAGAUUGAUAUUAGAAUUUCAAUUAAUUAAUAUUAAUUCUUGUCAAAUUUUAAUAACUUUAUUAUUAGAUUGAAUAUCUUUAUUAUUUAUAAGAUUUGUUUUAUUUAUUUCUUCUAUAGUAAUUUAUUAUAGAAAUAGAUAUAUAGAAGGUGAUUUAAAUAUUAAUCGUUUUAUUAUAUUAGUUUGUAUAUUUGUUUUAUCAAUAAUAUUGUUAAUUAUUAGUCCAAAUUUAAUUAGAAUUUUACUAGGAUGAGAUGGGUUAGGAUUAGUUUCUUAUUGUUUAGUAAUUUAUUAUCAAAAUGUAAAAUCUUAUAAUGCAGGGAUAAUUACAGCAUUAAGUAAUCGAAUUGGGGAUGUAUUUUUAUUAUUAUCAAUUGCUUGAAUAUUAAAUUAUGGGGGAUUUAAUUAUUAUUUUUAUGUUGAUUAUAUAAAAAGAGAUGAAAUUUUUAUUAUUGGUUUAUUUGUAAUAAUUGCAGCUAUAACUAAAUCAGCUCAAAUUCCAUUUUCUUCUUGGUUACCUGCUGCGAUAGCUGCCCCUACUCCAGUUUCUUCAUUAGUUCAUUCUUCUACAUUAGUAACUGCGGGGGUUUAUUUAUUAAUUCGUUUUAAUAUAUCAUUAAAUUAUAAUUGUAUAAUAUUUAUAUUAUUUAUUGGAAGAAUAACAAUAUUUAUAGCAGGAUUAGGAGCUAAUUAUGAGUUUGAUUUAAAAAAAAUUAUUGCUUUAUCAACUUUAAGUCAAUUAGGGUUAAUAAUGAGUAUUUUAUCUUUAGGGCAUUAUUUAAGGCAUUAUUAUUUAUAUGUGGGGGGUGUAUGA